AUGCGUUACUCCACACAACCGCCACGGCCGCUGUCACCACCGACUCGCUUUAUAAAAGAGGGCAAACUUCUACCCGGACAGUUCACCUGCAACGUCAACAUCCUCAAACGAGGAAACCUCAGUCUCUCUCCAGGAAAAAGCAAUCCUCCUUCUGGCCUGCAGGAGGCCAAAGUUGAUCAGAUUAAGUUGGGCUUUCUGCUGCUGCUCACUCUGCAUUGCAACCAUGGUACCAACGUCAACGCGAAGAAAAAUCUGUCAGACUGCUUGAAGGACUCAGACUACCAGGAGCUGCUGCAGACAGCGAAGAACGGCCUCCCACAGAUAAUCACCCCUCAUCAUGUUGUCAUCGUUGGAGCUGGCAUGGCUGGACUCACCGCUGCCAAGUUACUGCAGGAUGCAGGACAAAAGGUAACUAUAUUGGAGGCUAGUGGACGAGUUGGGGGCCGGACACACACCCACAGGAAUGAAACGGAGCAUUGGUAUGUCGACAUCGGGUCCAUGAGGAUCCCGUCUACCCAUAAGAUCCUCCACUGGUACAUCAAGGAGAUGAAAGUCCCACUGAAUGACUUCAUUAUGGAUAGUAAUGACACCUUUUACUUUGUGAAUGGACACAAACACAAAACAGGGGAUGUCAAACAAAAUCCUGAGAUCCUGGGAUACAACCUGCCAGAGAAUGAACGCAAAAAGUCUGCAGGACAGCUACUAUCAGAUGCAUUGGUGCCGGUCAAAUGUGUAAUCCAACAGUUGGGUUGUGAAGCUGCACUGAGGGAGUUUGACCACUACUCUGUGAAGGAAUAUCUGGAGGAAAGAAGUCACUUAAGUCAAGAAGGAAUAAGGAUGAUUGGGGACUUGCUGAACGAAGACAGCCUAAUGCCUCUGGCACUGUCUGAGAUGAUUUACCUUGAGAUGGAUAUCAAUGACAAAACAAAAUUCACUGAAGUGACGGGUGGAACAGAUCUUAUCCCUCAAGCCUUUCGAGACAGACUCACUAGAACAAAUAUUCUUUACAAAUCAGAGGUCAAGGCCAUCAACCAAACAGACAAAACCUCGAAAGUCCAAGUGGUUUAUGAAGAAAAAGGCAACUCUAGUCUUCAAAUUCUUGAAGCUGACUUUGUCCUUAUUACAUCUACUGCCAAAAGAACCCUCCUUAUGGACUUUGUUCCACCUUUUCCCGUCCGUAAGAUGGAGGCCCUGAGGUCAGUCCACUAUGGAAGUUCCACCAAAGUAAUCCUCACCUUCAGCGAGAAGUUCUGGCAGACAGACAACAUCCAUGGCGGGAAGAGCAUCACAGACUGGCCAUCUCGCUUCAUCUACUACCCCAGCCACAGUUUCCCAGAAAAUGAUAAGAUCGGUGUCCUUCUGGCUUCCUACACCUGGGCUGAGGACUCCCUCCUCUUCCACGGUAUGAGUGACGAAGACCUGAAAGAGCUGGUUCUGAAAGACCUGGCACUGAUCCACGGUGAUCACAUCAAGGAUCUCUGCACUGGGGUGAUAGUGAAGAAGUGGAGUCUGGACCCCUACAGCCUGGGUGCCUUCGCUCUUUUUCAACCCUACCAACACCUGGAAUAUGCCGAGGAGCUCUUCAAGAGCGAAGGCCGGAUUCACUUUGCCGGAGAGCACACGGCUUUUCCUCACGCUUGGAUCGAGACAUCCAUGAAGUCUGCCAUCAGGGCGGCUACAAACAUCCACAGAGUGGCAGGAAAGUCAGCCAGCGCUCCAGACCGAGACGAGCUGUGA